AUCCCGCGGUUUGAAUGACGAAAUGAAAUAAAAUCCGAGCUCUAAGUGAAAACCACUCUGUGUCAGUGCCGUAGUGCAUUUUUGUAAUGGUGUGAGUGAGCGUCGCGUCGAUACGCGAUCAUCAUCGAUAUGAUGGCGAUGAAAAUUUUGGUAGUUUUGCUGACGGUCGUCGCCUGUCACUUCGCGGCCGCUGAAAGAGAUCAUGCAUCAGCACUGGCAGGGAAUACCGCUCGCUUAAGAUGCCGUAUAGAUGGCAAGUCGUGUGGUGAGAUGCACAGUAUAAAAUGGUACAAAGCCGAUACAAGAGUCUACGUAUACUCUGCCUCUAAAGACGCGGCGAUCAACCGACCUGAAGGAGAUAUGAUGGACAGGAUGUCAAUCGCACACGAACCGAACGCGACGUACGCUGAGCUGGUGAUCACAAACGUACAGCCUGAUGAUGAAGGUGUCUAUCGCUGUGAGAUAACCUACCUACAAGUUGGGGAAGACUGCAAUACAGUACAAGUCACCGAUUUUCAUACCUACAUCAAACCUAAAUCAGUGGAAGUCAGAACCGGAGAUGGGCUGGUGUUAUCCGAAGGGGCUGUCUUCGGGCCUCUGUUGGAGAGGACGAAAGUUAACAUCACCUGCUUGGUUGUGGGGGGCAAGCCGCAGCCGAAGAUCACAUGGUACUUCAAUGGAAAGGAAAAAUUAGAUACUCGAACGAUAACCGACCAGUCAUCAGUGCAACACGUUCUUCCCCUGACCGUCACACGAACAGAACUGGGAGGCCAGCUGACGUGCAAUGUAUCCUCUGCAGCGCUGGAUUCGCCGAUAUUGCGAAGAGUGAAACUUGAUGUCAAAGUUCCACCAAACAAGAUCGCCAUAACGGGAAUAAAGGAUCACGCAACACAAGGCACUUUGCUUACUCUGAUGUGCAAGGUGUCCGGAGCACGUCCGGCUGCGAGCAUCGAAUGGUUCAACGGCACGCAAAAGCUCACUCCAGAUAAUCGUAACAUACAGCUUAAGGAAUUCGAAUCGAGCGACAAAACAUUUGAAACACAAUCGAACCUGACAUUCGAAGCGACGCGAUAUGAAAAUGGAAGAAAAUUCAUCUGCAAGGCUGUGAAUGACGUCAUGCUGGAGACAAAAGACCAUCCAAUACACGCAACUCUCGAAUUGGAGAUUUGGUAUCCUCCAAUCGUCCACGUUGGUCCACCCAACAUCACAGUAGUUGAAGGACAGAAGAUUCUUCUUAAAAGCGAAUACGAAAGCAACCCAUCAUCACUAACGGAAGUUAUAUGGUUUCGCGACGGUAAGAAGGUGAACGUCAAUAAUUCGCACUACCAGGGCGGUACCAUCGACCAGCACUCGCUCAUCAUUCUCGACGCCAGUGGUGAUGACAUGGGAAAAUAUACCGUACUGCUAGCCAAUACGGUCGGAAACGGCACAACGAAUGAAACUAUCAGUGUCAAUGUUCUAUUUAAACCUCAAGUUCGCCUUAUCAUGAGCUCACCAAGCCCCAUCUUGGAAACGGAUCACAAGAACGUGACACUCACGUGCGAGGUUGUGACUGGAAACCCUUCAAUCCUAGAUGAAGUCAUCUGGUAUCUGGACGGCGAAGUGCUUAAACAUCUGCCAGAGUGUAAUGGAACUGACGACGCUCUUUGCAAUGAAGUGGAUCCAUCAAUGCUACUCCUCCAGGACACCACCAAGAGUUUCCACGGGAACUACUCGUGCAAGGGAAAGAACUACGCGGGAUGGGGCAACGAGAGUGAGAAGACGGAGCUUAUUGUUAAUUAUCCUCCCGGACCAGCAAAAUUGACGUACUCUCCAUGGCGAGUCAUCAAGGGGAAGUCCCUCGUGCUCAGCUGCAGCAUACAAGAAAAGGGACGACCGGAAACACACAGGUUCCGCUGGCUUCGCGGCAGUCGAGCGAUCAGUGACAUCGUGUCACAGAACUGGACCAUCGACCCAGUCACUCUCGACCACCGUACCAACUUCUCCUGCAGAGGAAUCAACUCGGGUGGAGACGGGCCGCAGGCAAUAGUCAAUAUCGAUGUCUUAGCACCACCAAGUUUCAAGUACGCGAUGAAUCACUAUAGCGGAGCCUUGUAUAAAUCUCAGAAUAUAUCUCUGUCGUGUACGGUGGAAUGUGCUCCACUAUGUACUGUGGAAUGGCUAAAAGAUGGACAACGUAUAGAUCCAGAGAAAACAGACAAGUACUACGUCGUGGAAAGAAAAAUAGAACCUCAAGUCAAUAGAAAUGACUUUGAAGCUACGGAAUCUACUUUGCACUGGAACAUGUCGGCGUGGUCGGGCGGCGUGCUGUCGCGCGGCGACUCCGCGCGCUACGCGUGCCGCUCGUCGCGCAACGACGCCGGCCCGCCCGUCACCAGCACCACCAACUUCGCUGUCGAGUAUGAACCAGAGAACAUAACAGUUACGCCGAGCGUUGUGUCAGUCAUUGAAAACGAAAUACCGGCGAAAGUCGUCUGCUCAGCCAACGGCUUCCCGAUGCCGAACUACUCGUGGCGGCGCGAGCGCGCGUCGAAGAGCGCGGCGCGCGCGCACAACGCGAGCGCGGCGCUGUCGGCCUCCAACGCGCUGCUGCUGCCCGCGGCCGCGCGCGCGCACGCCGGCCGCUACGUGUGCGAGGCCUACAACCGCCACGGCGCCGUCAACACCACCGUCCUGCUGGACGUCAUGUUUAUACCGGAAUGUGGAAUAAAGCAAAUAGAGAUGGAGGGCGAUCAAGUCUUAGUGUGUACGGCGCACGCUAAUCCUUCAGAGGUGUCGUUCUCGUGGAAGUUGAAAAACGACAACGACAGUCUGUCUGACGAGAAGAUCUGGCAGAGCGGCCCGCAGAGCUUCUUGCGGCUAAGUGCGCGCGUGUCCGUGUACCGCACAUACUUGUGCGUGGCCAACAAUAGCGUCGGCGUGUCCCGGCCUUGCGAGCGGGACGUCAUGGCCAACUUGGAAAGUUAUAGUACCAAAGUUUGGUGGCGCGAUCAACAGAAGUUGAUGUUGAUCGGUGGUAUAGCGCUUGCCGUUCUCGUGGUGACGGUCAUACUCUGUGUACUCAUCAUAUGCAUCUGCCGCAGGAUGCGCGCUAAAUCCAAAUACAAUAAUCCCGUCGAACUCGAGGAGAGAGAAAAUCCGGAUGGUAGCUGUCUAAACGAAGUGUCUAUAGCUCAAUCUAUUAUAUCACAAGCUUUACCCGCUUUAUCACCGCGUUUAAAUUUAUCAUUCAGUCCCAAAUCACCAGAUAGAACUAGACUAGUCGAAUCACAGAGCUACCCUCAUAAUUUAGAAAUGACACUCAAUGAGAGAUCAAAUAAUUUACAAGCUAGCGUCAUACAAUCAGAUACAAAUGAUGAAAAUAUCCAAGUUAACAAAGAAACUGGAAUUGAAAAUUCUGAUAAUCAGAAUUCUGAACCUAAAAUUGAUACGAAUAAGGUUCAAACGGUAGUGACGCCAAAUAAAUGGCCAUUAAAACCAGGAGUUUUAGUACAUGUCAAUUCCAAUCAUACGCUCAGUCCAAAAAAUCAAGCGAGAUUACAUAACAGACCGCAAACAGAUAAUAAUACAGACGAAAAUAACUUGGGAUUAUUAGAAAGAACUAGAAAUGAAGAAAAUAGGGUAACACCUAAGCCAGAGUAUUCUAAAAAGGCUGGAAAACCUAGAAAAAAUACACAAAAUGUUGUAACAGGAAUUUUAAAGACUCUAAGACGCAAAAGUGAUUCUUCUGACGAUGAAAGUGGAAAAUAUAAGAAAAUUAAUAAAUCUAAUAAAAGGGCUGUGUCACUCGUGACUUUAAACAAAAGCUACGGACCAAAAAGAAGUAUUCGAUCUUUUUUUCUAAGUGAAACCCCAAACGUGAUUGUCACUGAAGGAGUUGUGUCGUUUAAAAGACCUGAUAGAAUUUGCACGACGAAUGGUAAAAUUGAACUGACUAAAGAACCACCGAGAAUUACAAGAAAACGAAAGAAACCCGGCGACAGCCCACCUACGAAUGGCGUAGAUAAUGCCGCAAACGGCAACCUAGGAACGGACAACCCUGGUCUCUACGAGAACCUGCCGUUCCACGGUCUCCAGCAACCUCCUAAUAAACCUGUACAAGCAAUUCAACCUAGAGUUGUAGAAACUAACCAAAAAACAACGAAAGGCAUCGAAGCUUUACAAAAACAAUUGACAACGAAUCCAUCAUUUACCCCACGAAUCGUAUGUCCACCAUUCGUACAAAAUUCGAUAAGUUAUCCUAUAACCCCAUCGAGUACGCAAUAUCAGUAUGGAAUACCAGUACUAUCACCGAUACAGCAAAUGUAUCCCUUGCACCAGACAGUAUUACUCAAUCCAUACUUACCACCGAUGCCACCGUCGUAUUUAAAACAGUUUCCAACUAUAGAAGAGGAAACGAUAGACCAAGAUAGAAAAAAAUUUAGCUCUUUGAACACUAGAAAUUUUAAAUCAAAACCACCUAAGUUCCAGUCAAUGAGAAUUGUUAGAAAAAGAAAUAUAGAAAGAUUCUAUCCCAAUACAGAGUAUGGAGAAAAUUUCACUGAAAUCAACAACAACAAAAAUACUUCAGAUUCAGACAAUGAUAAAAUAGAUUCUGAAGAUAAUAUUUACGAAAAUUUUCCUUCGCUGCUUAAAAUAAAUUCUAAUAUUAGUGGUGUAGAACAUUUUGAAAAUUUAACAGACUCAAUACAAGUUUGUGAGGAAAGUGUAAAUCAAAUUAGCGAUACAACUUCAUCAUUAAAUAGACCAAUCCCAGCUCCAAGAACUAAACUGUCACCGUUAAAACCUCCAUCGAAAUCUGAUCAUGUUUAUGUUAAUUUAUCGAUGCCACUAAUAAAAACUGGUUAUACUAAAUCAUGCGACACAGUAGACGCACCUAUGAGGUCAUCAAAAUCCGAAGAAAAUGUGUCGAAGCCGACGAAUCAAAGAAAUGAAAAUAAGUAUACUUUAAGCAUUCCAAAGAGAACGUUUAGUUUAAAAAAUAUAGCUGAUGACAAUUCAGAUGAAGAACAAGUAAGAACAGAUAAAGAAAAGAGUCCUACAAAGCCCAAUAUAAUUGGAGCCACGCCAAAAAGAACCACACCAAUAAUGUUACCCUCUACGUCGUUGGUCAAGUCUGUCGUAAGUCAGUUAAAUGAGCAAGGGAUAAACCGAGCUAAACUACCAAAAAAACAAGUGAUAGCACCAAAUAAAACUUUACAAAUACCAAAAUUGUCGGAAAAACCGAUACCAAAAAGAACUUUAGUGCAACGUAGUAAUUCUGUACAAAUUAGUUUACCAAAUGAUAGUGAGAUCGUUCAGAAUACUAAUAUACUACAGCAGCAAUAUCUUCAGAAAAGAAAUCAUUUCACCAAUCUUAGUUCGAAAGGAAAAAAUAAGAAAAAUUUCCAAAUACCUUUACAAAAACAUCACAGCUUCUGCUAUUUUCAACCGAUAAGAGUAGAUAAAAGAAUUCCUGUAGACCAAGAGCGCUCCUACAACAACACGAUAGGUCCAAUGAUAUACCAGCCUCCUGAAACCCAGUAUUACACGAAAACACUAAACAGAACUCGAGAAAAGCAUAGUCAGAAAUUAAAUCGAUUAAAAAAAUCCGAAAGUCUACGAGAAAAACUAUCAUGCGUAGGAGUAUACGAUAACUACGAGAAACCCAACUAUCCAGAACCGGAAUACAACGAUUCAGAAAGAAAAUCUUACUUGCAACUACUUAAAGGGAAUUACAUAUCAAAUUCAACGAGAAACUUAGGUCCCGAACACAAUUACAACACAAACUUUAACACAGUGGGCACAAAAGAUGAACGGCCUAAACAUAAAAAAUUAGUUUACGCAGAUUUAGCUUUAGGUAAUCAUAAUUUAAAAUUUAAGAAUACAGUCAAUUCAAAUAGACAUUUAUACGAUACGUAUACUAUAGGUAACGUCGAUAAUCCUAAUAAAGAUACUAACAGUAGUUAUAAAAGUAACGUACCCAGUAGCCAAAGAAAAAAUAGUCAACAGAGAAGCGACUAUGCGACUCUGAAGUUCAAUGAAAUCGACGUCUAAAGCCUUUCAGAAUAGAAGACCAGUUCAUAUACGCAGAUGCUGACAUGAAAGAUUACGGGCCAAUCAACUACAAGGCGGCUUCAAUUUACGCCCAAAUGAAAAAAGUCAAAAAUCAACAGAAAUUACAAGAGAUUUACGAGAA